AAUCGUACCAAUUUUUUGUUUUAUUUGGUAAUUUUCCCGAUCUCACAAUCUAACGAUUAGGUUUAUUUCUGAAUUUUGAAUGUUCAGUUAAAACAUUUUAUAGAUUACAGACCUAAAUCGAGAUGUUGAUACAUUCAAUUGAGCCAGAGAAUAUAACAUUAUAUUAUCAUCAUUCAAUUCAGAAGUACACUAUUUCAGUAUUUUGUAUAUGGAAAUAUUAGAAUAAAGCAAAAUUACCUGAAUACGAGUGGAAAACAAACAAGUACGAAUAUGUCAUCAUCUAAUGUUUCUUUGGACGAUAUUCAGAAGAGAAUGAAACGUUUAGAAUUGAGUUUGAACGCAGAAAAGAAUGAUCCCAGACAAGCCCUCGGACUUCCAAUUGGACACUUUGGCAAUGAGCAACAGCCAAAACGUCCAAGUACUGCAAUGGAAUUUCCUAAGAAAACGCAUGUUAGAAAUUCUUCAAUGGGAAGCCUCGGUCUUUCAUUUACCCAGACUCGUCCAAGUUCUGCUCAACCACUCACUACGCCACCAGGUCUUGAAUUGUCGGGAUUAUCAAGACAAAACAGGCCAAGUUCUGGUCUCGAUCUUACAAACAGCGGUCCGAACUCACCAGCAAUGCAAAGAAAGAAGAAAUUGCCAUUCAAUUAUAUACAUCCUGAACCAGACGCCAAAAGCAAUGAAAGUGUUGAAGUUAAUAAACGUCUUCAAGAGGCCUUCAGUCAGAAUGGUAAACUUCGAAUUGAUGGAAGGCUCUUCAAUUCCAAAGCUUCAGAUUUUGAAAACUUGGGAGAAAUUGGUGCUGGAACUUGUGGACAAGUUUAUAAAAUGAGAUUUAAACAUGCUAAUAGGAUUAUGGCUGUCAAGCAAAUGCAUAGAUCAGGAAAUAAUGAAGAAAAUAAAAGGAUAUUAAUGGAUCUUGAUGUUGUCCAGAAGAGUAAUUUUCCUCAUAUAGUAACAUGUUUUGGGACAUUAAUUACAGAGAGUCAUGUAUGGAUUUGUAUGGAGCUUAUGUCAACUUGUUUUGAUAAGUUAUUGAAAAAAAUCAAAGGACCUAUUCCGGAAAAAGUGAUUGGAAAAUUGUGUAUCGCAGUUGUAAGAGCAUUAAAUUAUCUCAAAGAGCAACAUGGUGUAAUACAUAGAGAUGUAAAACCGUCUAACAUUCUCAUAGACAAGAGAGGAACAGUUAAAUUAUGUGACUUUGGAAUAAGUGGAAGAUUGGUUGAUUCUAAAGCUAAAACCAGAACUGCUGGUUGUGUUGCAUAUAUGGCACCUGAAAGAAUUGAUCCUCCAGAUCCUACCAGUCCAGAUUAUGAUAUCCGAGCAGAUGUUUGGAGUCUGGGUGUUUCUCUUGUCGAACUUGCCACUGGAAGAUUUCCUUAUCCCAACUGUACAACAGAUUUUGAAGUUUUAACAAAAGUUUUACAGAAUGCACCUCCUAUGUUGCCUCAAAAUGCAAACUUUAGCAUGCCGUUCAGACAGUUUGUUAAACUAUGUUGCACAAAGAAUUUCCAGCAACGACCAAAAUAUCGGCAACUUCUGGAACACGACUUUAUCAAACAUUCUGAGAGAAUUACAGUGGACAUUACUGAAUGGUUAACCGGAGUUUUAAAUUUUCCAACAACCCCUUCAUUCAGCGACCCGUUUCUGUUGAACAAUUUCACUCCUCUUCCAACUAAUGACGCAUUCAAUCCAGUAACUUCACAACCUACCGCACAAGCCAACAGACUUGGAAAUGGGGUCAAUUUUACAAUUUCACCCCAACAAAACAAUUCUAAUGUCAGAAGCGGUUGGGAAAGCUUUGAUGAUAGCUAGUCGAAAAUGUGAACAUAACUUAUAAGAAUUAUGAGACAUGACUAUUUCACCUCGUUUAUUAAUUAAUAAAAGGUUUUAUUCAACAUGGUAUUGGUAUCUUAACACCUGUUAUGCUGUCAGUAAUCAUCAUGUACCGGAAUUUUUUAUAACCUUCAAAUGUGUGUACUAUCUAUGUCAUCCGAGAAUUGGCUCAAAUGUUUUAUUUGAAAAAAUCAUAGCAAAAAACCCUGGAUACCUAUUUGGUGUAUUUUGGUUUUAUGAUUGUACUUGAACUUUGAAGUCUGUGCGUUACUCGGCAAACCAUUGCCCUGGUUAAUUGAAUGUGAAUUCUAUACUGUUUCCAUUAUAGCUGGUCGAGCGUCUUGAAAAUAAUUUAUGGUGAUCAUGGAGGCACAUGAAUUGGUGAAAAUAAUCGUCAUAUAUUUGAUGCGCCAUUAUUAAAACAGUAUUAAUGAGAUAAUAUCAAGUUUUCAUGGUUUGAACUCUGAACCUUGUAAUGUUUUAUUUUAAUGUGCAAUAAAAGUCUUGUGUUUCUUA